UGUUUCAGAAAAGGAGGUGCCAAAUCGCCCUCUCCCAUGCCUUGUUAAAAAAUAGGUGCUCUGCUUCCCAGUGCUGGUGUAAAGAAGGCUGGAUGUGCUGGAAACUAAAUGAGCUUUGUAGCAGUUGUUUGCAGUCCUUCAGCCUCUGUAGAAAUUUGUGAGGUGGAGAUGUGGAAAUACAGGUGCAACUUGAAUAUUUCACAUAUUAGUUAAGCUCAGAGCAUAGUGGAUAUUCUUGGCAAACUGGAAAAUCCACAACUGAUUUCCAUUCUGAUCAGUGGAGCAGUCAAAAUGGCUGAAGUAACCAAGACAGAAGAACAGCAAGUGGAGAAGAGUUUUGAAGAAGUGGAGAAAACACCUCAUGCUUUAGAGUCAGAUUCAGGUGUCGGGUGUAAAGGCAAUAGUUCUGCUUCAGGUACAGAGCAGUCCACUGAAAAUGACAAAGAAGAUGAUAGUGGUGAUCAGGAUGGCAGAGCAAAGAGGAAGAAUUUAGAUUCUGAAGAUGAACCUUCUAAGAAAGUACCUGUGAUUGGCCAUGGGCAAGCUGUAGCUGCACAUUAUAAUGAACUUCAAGAAGUUGGUUUGGAAAAACGUAGCCAGUCUCGCAUAUUCUACCUCCGAAACUUUAAUAAUUGGACAAAGAGUGUCCUCAUUGGUGAAUUUAUAGACCGGGUACGACAGAAGAAGAGUGACAUAACUGUUUUGGAUCUAGGAUGUGGGAAAGGUGGAGACUUACUGAAAUGGAAAAAAGGCAGAAUUAAAAAACUCGUCUGUACUGAUAUUGCUGACAUUUCUGUGCAACAGUGCAAGCACCGCUAUGAAGAAAUGAAGUCCCGAUGUCGGUAUAAUGAACAUAUUUUUGAUGCAGAAUUCAUACAAGCAGAUAGCACUAAGGAUCUCUUGUCUUCCAAGUACAAUGAUCCAGAUAUGCGCUUUGACAUUUGCAGUUGUCAAUUUGUUUACCACUAUUCAUUUGAGACGUAUGAGCAGGCUGACAUGAUGCUUAAAAAUGCUUGUGGGAACCUCUCUCCUGGAGGUUAUUUCAUUGGCACAACUCCAAACAGCUUUGAACUUGUAAAGAGACUCGAAGCUUCAGAAACAAAUUCAUUUGGGAAUGAUGUGUACAAUGUAAAAUUUGAAAAGAAGGGAGACUAUCCCUUAUUUGGCUGCAAGUAUGAUUUUCACUUGGAAGAAGUGGUUGAUGUCCCUGAGUUUUUGGUUUACUUUCCCUUACUGGAAGAAAUGGCAAAGAAGCAUGGUAUGAAAUUAGUCUACAAAAUGACAUUUCGGGAAUUCUAUGAAGAAAAAAUCAAGAACGAGGAGCAUAAAAUGCUGUUAAGGAGAAUGCAGGCCUUGGAGCCAUAUUCUACACAUGGUGAUUCCAGGCUUGUUUCUGAUAAACCUGAUGAUUAUGAGCAUGCAAAAGAGUUUAUCAAAGAUGGCAAGGCAAAGUUGCCAUUGGGAACCUUGAGUAAAUCUGAAUGGGAAGCAACAAGUAUUUACUUGGUAUUUGCAUUUGAGAAGCAACUGUGAAACUUCACAUAACUGGAUGCAGCAAGAAGGGAUCAUAUCCAUGUGCAAGUUGGAAUGAUCAGAAAUCCAUUGUGGCAACUAUUUUUUUAUUUUUUAUUUUUUAAUUAUCAGACAUGUGCAGGACACUACCAAAAAGUAGAGCAAGCUCGUGAUUCAGAGUUACAUUGCCUGUCUGUGACAGAUGGACUUGCGUGUGUAUAUAUAAGAAAGAUUCUGAACCAGUCUUUUUAAGCAUUUGUAAGCAAUUUGCAUGCUCACAAAACCUGUGCUUGAACUCACAUAACUUUGUUAGAAACAAACAUUUUGUUUGUAGAAGUAUGUUUGUGAUUAUGAGCCUGACCCUGCACUUCCUGAAGUUGAUGGAAGAACAUUGACUUUGAUAAUGCAGAAUGAGGGCCUAAAUACUGUUCUGCAGAGCUCAGUUAAUUCAUAAUGAGAUUUAUUCAGCAUAGAGGGUAUGUCUACAUUGCAUGCAGAGCAAAAAAUACCCGAGUCAGUUUGAGAACCUCUGUGCUGUGCUCAAGCUUGCAUUGUAAAUCUACCUUAGUGGUAUUCAUGGUGUAUUUUACAUGGUAAAAUCCCAUGAUGUUCUUGUUUUUACUGCUUGCUGAUAUGUAGUGUCACUUCAUGGUGCUUUUAAGAUUAAAUGAGUUUGUUCUGUACAAAACUGCUCUGAAAGUACUCAAUUUCUAAUGUUUUAAAUCUUGAUUUUGUUUUCCAAAUAUGGCUAUGAGGUAAUCAGUAACGACUGGUUAAGUUAGAUUACUGAACAUUUUUUAUUGUAUUAAAGAGUCUCCUGACUUUUCAA